AUGGUCGACAAGGCCUCCCACUCGUGGGAAUGGGGCACCGCCGCCGAAGCCCUCCUCGAGCUGCACAACCCGGAGCUCUCCGUCUUCGGCCCGGACCCCUUCCCCGACGGCAAGAUCCCCUCAGCCGACCCCAGCACGACGGCCCUCGCCUACGCGAAGCAGUUCAUCAACCGCGACUCGCAGACGCUCGUCAACGACACCGCGGUGGGCGAUCCGGCGUCGCUGGGCGUCUCGGCGGUGCUGCUGGGGCAGUCGGACGACGUCUACAUCGGGGCGGCGGAGCGAGAGGCCGACUUUCUGCUCAAUGUUGCGCCGAGGUUCAGCAACGGCGCCAUUUCGCAUCGGCCGGAUGUUGCUGAGCUGUGGGCGGACAACAUGGCCAUGUCGUUUCCGUUUUUGGCCUAUCUCGCCGUUGAGCAGAACAGCACCUCCUUAAUGGCCACCACGGUCCAGCAAUGCGGCCUCCAGCGCGAGAUCCUCAAGAGCGGCAACGGCCUCAGCUGGCAGCACAUCAUCGGCCCCCAGUCCCAAGACACGGGCCUCUGGUCGACGGGCAACGGCUGGGCGGGCUACGGCAUGGUACGCGUCCUCCACACGCUGCAGAAAUGGAGCGCCUCCUCGGCCUCGAUGGCUGCCGAGGCCGCCCAGCUCAAGGGGUGGAUCAAGGAGAUCCUCGACGGCGCGAUGCAGGCGGGCUCGGCGGACGGCGGGCUGCUGCGCAACUACCUCGACGACGCGAGCUGGUUUGGCGAGAUCUCGGGGACUGCGGUCCUCAGCGCCGUGGCGUAUCGGAUGGCCGUCAACGACCCGGCCAUGUUCCCGCAGUCGUAUGUCGCCUGGGCGGAUGCGAACAGGAGGACCCUCGCCGCGAAGCAGGACGCAAACGGCCUAUUCUCGCCGGCCGUGAAUCCGUACGACUGGCAUGAUAGGAGCGAGUACACUGCUGGAUCGCCCGAGGGCCAAGCGUUCGCCGUGUACUUGUAUACGGCGUACAGGGACUGCGUCGGCGCCGGGGUUUGUCAAGCCUGA